AUGGGAGACUGGAAAACUGGACUUUUCGGUUGCAUCACCAAGCCGGGAAUCUGCUGCUUGAGCUGCUUUGUUCGACCGCUUGUUGCAGGAAAAAACGCGGAAAGCAUUGGUGAAAACGGCGUGCUCUGGGCGAUCGCCUCCUUCAUCCCCUGCGGCGCCGCUCUCCUCCGAGGCCAGAUUCGAAAGAAGAACGGAGUCAGCGGCGCGAUGUGGUCCGACUGCCUCCUCCACUGGUGCUGCCCUUGCUGCGCUUCUGGCCAAGAGGCGAUGCAAACCGGCGCGCUCGACUACCUCCUCGAAGACGAAAUGCUCGACAAGGCGACGAAAAAAUACAACCAGGAAAUCACCAGAACCUAA